UCACCUACUCGACACUUGUGGCUAGUUAACUCUUUAGCACGUAGCUGUCAAUUUAUUUAGCCACUGUUUUCUUAUGGCGAAUGGAUGCAAGGAUGUGCUGUUCACACGGGGGACCGGGCAGAGUGACGACUCUGAUAUUUGGGAUGACACCGCCUUGAUAAAAGCCUACGACAAGGCUGUCGCAUCAUUUAAGAAUGCCCUUAAGGGGGAAGACGAGCCGCAAGCUACAUUCAAAAUCCCCCCAGGGAAGAAGCGCAAGAAUAAUAAAAAGAAGAUCAGCAGGAAAAGAAUCAAUGCAGCGACAGAUAAAGAGUGGCAGGUGGGAGAUUCUUGCAGUGCUUACUGGUCAGAAGAUGGUCAACUCUACUCUGCUACCAUCUCCUCUGUGGACAAGAAGAGCGCCACAUGCAUAGUUGUCUACACAGACUAUGGCAAUGAGGAAGAGCAGAACCUCGAAGAUCUGCUGUCGGAGAUUUCUGAGGGUGAUGACGAAACCAAGACUACGACACAGGAGGCAGAAUCUUCCACAGAAGAAAGUGACAGGUCAUCAGAACCAAUCCAGCACAAACAGCAGCCACACGGCAAAAGCCAAAAGGCCAAAUUCCACAAGGUCCCUCCCCCUAUGUGGGCUCCAGGAUUCCCUCCUCCAUGCCCACCUCCCAUGCCACCAUUCAGACAGGGUGGAAAAAGGCAGUCUGAUGGUCAUGGGCAUGUACCUCCCCACUGGCAUCCCAUGAUGCAGUUCGGCCCACCAAUGAUCCCUCCACCUCCACCCAUGAGUCCUGACAUGGGAGAUGACGAGGCCAUGGGGAGCAUGCUCAUUUCCUGGUACAUGAGUGGUUACCACACGGGUUACUACUUGGGUUUGAAACAAGGUCGCAACGACGCUGCCAAAUGGACCAAACCAAACCAGAAAUGAAAGGAAAAGGUUUUUUUUGUUUUGUUUUGGUUUUAACCAGAAGUGGCCAUUUUACUUGUAUUUGUGAGCAUUCACUGUGGGAGGACAGGUUUGUAUUCUCUGUAAAUAAGUUUA